AUGGGCUGCGGUUUAAGGAAGCUGGAGGACCCGGAGGACAGCAGCCCCGGGAAGAUCUACUCGACGUUGAAGAGACCUCAAGUGGAGACAAAGACUGAGACUGUCUACGAUUAUGUGCUGCUGGACUUCAGCUUGGAAGGUAGCCGUCCCACGGUGCAGUACGUGUCUUCGCUGGCUGAGCUGCCUCAGGCACUGCAGCCAUACUAUACACAAGGCUACGUCCUGGCCGCUCUUCACCCCAUCAUCCUGUCCGUAGGCCGCACGCGUUCGCUUCCUUUCAGCCUGCUUUACCGCGCCGUGCUGGCGCGACCCAGAUUGAGUCAACAGACAGCAUCCAUGUGCCACAGUGUGCCUUUGCUGAGGGUGGAGGAGUGGCCAUUACCUGGAGAUUCGCUGACGAGUGACAUUGUUCGGGCGCUUAUCGACAGGGUGAACAGCAGCGCCCGCGGGGGUGUUCGUUUCGUCGGUUCGGUCCUCCAGCAAGUGAGCGUGCUGAGCAACGGCAGCAAACUGCACAGUCCAAAGAGGGGCUGCCGCUCACCCCCACAUUCUCCCCCUCGCACCCCCCCAGGAGAGCGGGAGCUGGAGGAGAACACCUACAGUCCUGACAUGCGACUUUUGGUCUUCUUCCACUCUUGGGCUCAGGGAUGUGCACCGUUGGAGUCGUUAGCAUGCCAGUACCACCAGGGGGCGUUGUCCAUGCGCGUCUCCAGGAAGGGGCAGGUGGUGAGCGCCCUGGAGGCCGACUGGCUGGAGCUGACGGCGGCCUACUACCGCAGAGGCUGGUCGUUGGUGGACUCCUUCGUCUACUGGGACACCCCGAAAGGCGAACCCGUGCCGCGGUCUCUAGAGGGCCUUUUUGUGUAUGAAGAGAGGAGCACCGCCCCUCCUGCCAACGACACCAUCGUGGUGGAGCAAUGGACUGUUAUUGAGGGAUCCAGUGUAAAAACAGACUAUGGGCCACUGCUUCACACUCUCGCUGAGUUUGGGUGGCUGCUGACGUGCGUUCUGCCCACUCCCAUCAUACGUCAUGACAGUGAUGGUAAUCUGGCAACCAAGCAGGUUGUCUUCCUUCAGCGGCCUGUCAGAAAUCAGGCAGCAGCACAGCACAGGAACCAGGUUCUGUCAGCGCACAGCGAAGUGUCCAGCCGAUCCGUCAGUCGCUCGGUCAGCGGCGCUGUGCUUCACCAGGAGCUCUCCCCCGUGGCCGGGGGCAUCGGUGGAUUCCCGGUGUUCGGAGGGGGGUUCCCCAGCUCCCUUUCGCACCUGGAGGAGGGCGGCUUCGACCAGGAGGAGGGCAAGGCGGAGGUGACGUGCAUGUGA